UGUGGCCAUUGGUCACUGGGGGCUGUGGCCAUUAGGGGGCUGUGGCCAUUGGUCACUGGGGGCUGUGGCCAUCAGGAGGCUGUGGCCACUCUGGCCGUGGUUUCCUGCCCCUGCAGGAUUUGCUGGCGCUUUCUCAGUGCAGAGCCCCUCUGUGCGGGGCUGCCCGGCUGCGGAGUCCCUGAUCCCAUGAGUUCAGCAAUCAGGGAAUUUGAGGUUAAUCUUUUUAAAUUUCAGGUAUUCCUGUAGCCCUUCCUUGCAGCUCCAGCCCGGCUGCUCUUCAGCAGGACUGUGGCAGCAAGGGGCACUUGCUGUGUUUUGGGGACCCUUGGGUGUUUUUCCUGCCCAAAGGAUCCUUUAGGAUGCACCCCUAGUGUCGAUGUCAUUGUGCAGCUCUUUGUUGUCUGUGGCCAAAUGAGGGACAGGGCAUUAAAUGCUGUUUAAUGAGUGCUCCAAAUCCACAUUUCCAUUUCUAAACCUCACUGAUUUGUCUCUCAUCCUAAAAUAAGCCACGAAUGUGAGGGCAGGGAUGGCACAAUCCGAGGAGAGGGGUGACAUACUCGGAGUUUUCCUGGUGUGACACUGUCCCUCCCCACGCUGCUGCCCCAGCACAGCACCAGGACGGGUUUUGCUGCAUAAUCUGUCUGGCCAGCUGUGUCCUAAUCCUGCAGUUUUAGGAGGGGCCUGGGGGAAGGGCCUGGUGUUGAGGCACUGCCAUUCUCCUAAAUAUCUUUGGAAAUAGGAUUGAAGGACAAUUUAGUGCGUGUGUGCUCCCAGCGGGGCUCUGAGGCGGGUAAGUAUGGGAGGAUUUAGGAUAUCCAUAAUAAGGAUUUUGUGGCCUGAGCACGGAUGUCAGCCCAGCAGCUCUGUCCACAGUGGGGGCACUGCUGGGGCUCCUCUGCGGGUUCCUAACAAAACAACCCUUUGGCCUGGGAGUGUUCAUUCCACUGCAAUUCCCUCUUUCCCGAAGCUGGGGUGAUCAGCUCCUCCAGGAAAACAGGUCACUGGUAUCCUGGGGAAUUCCCUGCCCUGGAAGUCCUAAAUAGAUGGGAGAGGGGGUCAGAGCAGAGCUGACAGCUGCCACAGGUUUGGGAUUUUACCCCCCGUGCCCCCGUGGGUGGGUCAGGGAAAGAAACCUCUGCAGGGAGCAGAUCCCUGACCAGGAACACGGAACCCUGGCACACCCUGAGCCUCCCAGGGCUGAGAGGGGCCUGGGAAUGCCCCGGUGGGGCUGUGCAGCUGCAGCUGCCCGGGGAGGGAGCAGCAGCAGUGCUGGGAGUUCCCUGCCCUGCAGCCCCGCCCUGCAGCCCUGUUCUGGGUGCCGUGGAUGUCCCCAGGCUGUGUCACUGCUGAUAGUGGGUGUCCUCAGGCUUUGUCACUGCCCGUGCCGUGGGUGUCCCCAAGCCGUGUCACUGCCAAUGCCAUGGGUGUCCCCAAGCCAUGUCACUGCUGACACCAGGUGUCCCCAAGCCAUGUCACUGCCCAUGCCGUGGGUGUCCCCAAGCCGUGUCACUGCCGACACCGGGUGUCCCCAAGCCGUGUCACUGCUGACACCAGGUGUCCCCAGGCCGUGUCCCUGCCCAUGCCGUGUCUCUAACUGUGAUUUCUGCCCCGCUGCUUUGUUGUGUGUGAGCUCUGUUGUUUUCUGCCGCUCUGUCACUGCGUUUCUGCUGCCCCUCCCUGCAGCCGGGUUUGUCAAGUCGCCCAUGUCAGAAACUAAGCUCACGGGGGACGCCUUUGAACUGUACUGUGAUGUGGUUGGGAACCCCACUCCAGAGAUCCAGUGGUGGUAUGCGGAGGUCAACCGCGCUGAGGCUUUCAAACAGCUGUGGGAUGGCGCUCGGAAGCGCCGUGUCACCAUUAACACUGCCUACGGGGCCAAUGGGGUGAGUGUGCUGAGAGUAACCCGCCUUACCUUGGAAGACUCUGGGACUUACGAGUGCAGGGCCAGCAACGAUCCCAGGAGGAAUGACUUGAGGCAAAACCCCUCCAUUACGUGGAUUCGAGCCCAGGCUACUAUAAGCGUCCUGCAGAGUGAGUCCGGCCCCCGGUAGUGGCCCUGUAGUGUCUAGAGGCAGUGUGGUGACCCCGCCCCGUGUCCCCGCCCUGUGCCGCCCCGUGCUGUGCUCCCGCCCCGCGGGCUGCUCCUCCCUGUAGUGCUGUCCCCGUGUGCCACCCGUGUCUCCUGUCCUUAGGACCACAGCACGUGGGGAAACCUCGGGAUGUGUGUUAGAGCUUCGUGUGAGACCAGCCCGCUGUGGGAUUUGUGUGUGUUCCCUCCUCCCCUUAGUGCUGUAGGAAGUUUCCAGCCUCCCUGGCUUCUCCACCAGUGCCUUUCUCUUUGAUUUCCGUGUUCUUCCCAGCUCUAACCGUUUUUAUUUUGAUUUCUUCUGUUCUCAUGGAAUUUCUGGGAAUGCCUCCUCACCUGGUUUUGGUUACAUAUGUGCCUCUGGAUAAACCCUUCCCUUUCAGUUCCACGUGACCUUUCGUGUUUGGAUUUUUCCGUGAAGUCCUGGUGUUUCUUUUCCUUCCUGGCCAGCAGCAUGUUCCCAAGGAAUUCUCUGAUGCAGCAGCACUGAGGAGAUGCAGCCUGUGGGAGGAGGGGGGAAUGUCCUCCCCAGCUCUGAACCCAAACCUGAGCUCAGUGACUCCCCGCAGGGCACAGGGAGCAGAAAGCCCUGAGAGCAGAGGCUCUGCUGGGCCCAGAAUUGCUUUUUGUUCUCCAUUGUGACAAAGCUCUCCUGCCUUCACUUUGCUUUUCUCCCCAGGCGGAUUUGGGGGUUCAUGUGGUCACAUUCAAUACAGAAUUUUGGGCCAGAUGUGACACUUGUUUUUGCCUAAGGAAAUGGCAGCUGAGUCACAGGUAGAGGGAGUUAAAUCUGCAGUGUGCAGGUACAGGAGAGGUGAUUUCAGUUUUAGGUGAUUUCUCAGUCUCCUCAGCUGACAGAAGAGCAGAGCAAAAGUGUGGUCUUGCUCCUGUGCUCCCUGCACAGAUCACCUUUAAUGCCCUCCUGGGUACAAGAUACCAAUUCUGUAUUUGUAUCUGGAUUAUUAAUUUGGGUACCUUGAAAAAACGCCCCCUAAAGCUGUCCCCAAAGCCUGGUGCUGCCGUGGGCACUGCUGGAUCAGAGACCUUCCCUCAGGAGAUGGAAACAGCAUUGGUGCACGUGCACAAAUGGAUGGUGACCCCUGAAAUGGAUGGUGUGCAGUGACUGCAGUGUUGGGUGGCCCCGGGUCCCUGGAGCUGCUCAGCCUCAGCCCAGCCCUCUCCCCUGCCGCGUCCUUUGGGCUCCCAAAGGACUGGAAUGCUUGCAUGGCCUGCAGCAGCAGCGCUGCCAUCCUGGAAUGAUCCUGCCCUGGGACAAACCUGGAAACGUGUCUGCUAGGGCGUGCAGUGUGCCCCGGAGGGCCUGCCGUGGGACAGAGCCUGCCGUGGGACAGAGCCCUGCUGGUGGGCACAGCCAGGCUUUGGGUCCAGCUGCUGAGAGGACGCGUCCCUGUGGGAAGGGGCUUUCCCUCCCCCAGCCCGUGCACGGAGCUGCUGCAGGGACUGAAGCUCAGCCUCUCCCCCCCUCCAUUAACUUUGUUACUUACACUGCUGCUGCUGCUGACCGGAGCUGCCUGCCCGGCUCCUGCCCAGCUCCAUCCGCCGGGACGGCGCUGCUGCUGUACCUGGAGGGUGCCUCAAACCCUGACUGCCUUUCCCUGUGAGCUGGGACAGCCCGGCCGCUCCUGCCCGGGAGGAGGAGGAGCCCGCAGCGCUUGCUGACCCCGCUGGAGGCGGAGGAAACAGGGACGAG